ACUCCAGAAGAUUUUAAUUUAUUUAAAUAAAUAAAUGAAUUAUUUAUUUAAUAAUAAAUCAACUGAAGAAAGUGAACAAGAAGAAAAUCAAUGGAUUUAAUUUUUGUAAAAAAAAAAAUAACUCUGUGGGAAAAAUUUCUUGAUUAAAAUAACAAGGAAAUAUGAAUCAACUUUGUGGAAGAAUGGACAGUCGAAAAUAAUUAGUUUGGUAGAAGAAUAAAUUUAAAUACUUAUUUCAAAAUUCAAGAAAAAAUAAGAAGAUGAUGGAAAAAGUAAUAUCAGAGUCAUUUAAAAAAAUUCUCCAGACAUUUCCUCACAACAUGCGAUUUUGCUUCGCAUACGGAUCUGGAGUAAUAAAACAAACUACGGAUCCGAAGAAGAAUAUGCUGGACUUGGUAUUCGUGGUGAGGAACUCGGAGUCGUGGCAUGCUGAGAAUCUAGUCCGCAAUCCUAGCCAUUAUGCUCAACCGUUACGACUGCUAGGACACAAAGCGAUAAGCAGGUUUCAAGAGAACUGCGGAGCCAGAAUAUACUAUAACACUCUGAUAAAGUCAGCAGAUGAUAGAUUGAUAAAAUACGGCGUGAUAUCAGAGUCUGCGCUGGUUGAAGACCUCCUCGAUUGGAAUAACUUGUAUUUAGCUGGUAGACUGCACAAGCCGAUCCACAUUCUGCAGGCAGCGAGUGAAAAUUCAUCGCUGCAGACCGCACUGGCGCAGAAUCUCAAGAAUGCUGUCCAUGCUGCGCUUCUCUUGCUGCCAGAAAAUUUCACAGAAGUGGAUUUUUAUCAAACGAUCGCAGGUCUGUCUUAUCACGGAGACUUUCGUAUGACUUUUGGAGAAGACAAAUCUAAAAUUUCAAAGAUUGUGGUUCCUCAGCUUGCGAAUUUCAGAGAACUAUACGAGCCAGUUUUAAAUUUAUUCGACCACUUUGUCGACAUACCAAAGCUUCAAUAUACUCCUGUAGUUUGUCACCAGGAUGACAGUCCCAUAGCGAGGAUCCAUCACCUCAAUCAGCUGCCAAGGACCCCGCAGAAAAAGCUGGCCAAGUUUUGGUCCAAGGGAGGUCGCACGCAAGACAUGGAAGAUUGUCUUCGGGCUAUCGCUCACGAUCUCGACUGCAGUGAUAUUGUUCAAAGAGUCUUGAGUGACAUUGUCUGGCGGUCCAGUGUUUCCCAGAGUAUCAAGGGUAUCGCUACUGCGGGAUUGAUCAAGUCGGUCAAGUACAGUGGCGCUAAAGUUAUAAAAAUGAUCAAGUCUUUUGAAUUUAAAUCAGAGUUUAAAGACUUGCGGCAAGGUAGUCAGGAGCUUGAACAGAAUUUUAAAAAAAUUUUAGCUGAUUUUCAACACAAACAGUUGGCUAAAAAUGAGGAGACAGAAAAAAUUGCGAGUUCUGAUGAAAAGUCAAUAAGUCAAGAGAAAAAAAUAAUUGACCAAGAGUUGAAAUUAAAGGAACAAGAAAUAAAAUUACGAGAUCAAGAGAAAAAAAUUAAUGAUCAAGAAAUAUUGUUGAGCAAAGGAAAGAAGCCAGAGCAAGAAAUAGUUAAAAAUGAUUUAUUAAAUAAAACAACAAGUGAUAAAUCUAGUGCCAAAGAAAUAAAUAAAAAAAAUUAAUUUACAAAAUAAAAA